AUGAAGCCUGUCGCGACAGUCACAAACAGCAGAAAAAGUUAUGGAACAUCUUUCGAAGGUAUCCUACCACAAAGAACCUUGUCGCUUUUAAAAAAAACCAAAGCACUAGCUCGCCGCAUCGUCGUCGUAGUCGGAGGGAAUCCUGGGGUGCUGAUCAAACUUCCCUACUACACAUUUACCAAGCACUCAUCCUCUCCCGAAUUGAUUAUGGAUGUAUGGUUUAUGGCUCUGCACGUCCUACAGUUUUGCGGCUUUUGGGCACCAUCCACCACACUGCUCAGAGGAUAUGUUCAGGAGCGCUUCUCCAAUAGAGGGCUUGUACGUCAUAUGUCACCAGUUACCUCUUCAUUUAAGGCUUUGUACUUGGAUGAUCUGCAGAUUUCUUAUGAAGGUAGUAACAUGAGCCUAAUUGAGAGGCAAUUACAAAAUGCCGUGAAUAAAGUAGUGGCAUGGUGCAAGGGCAAUGGAUAUGCUAUCUCUCCUGGGAAGAGUCGCUGUCUACAUUUUUGCAGGAAGAGAGGGAUUCAUCCAGAUCCGAAUAUUUUCAUUGAGAAUGUUUCUAUUCCUGUUGUGAACGAGAUACGAUUUUUGGGAGUGAUUUUCGAUCAUAAACUGACUUUCCUUCCUCAUAUCUUAUACCUGAGGAAGAAGUGCGAGAAGUCCUUGAAUAUUUUGAAGGUACUAUCCAGAACAUCUUGGGAAGCUGAUCGAACCUUCCUACUCCGUAUUUACCAAGCAGUAAUUCUCUCUCGAUUAGAUUACGCUUGUAUGAUAUACGGUUCAGCCCGUGCGUCUGUUUUGCGGCAUUUGGAUACCAUUCACCAUUCUGCUUUAAGGAUCUGCUCAGGGGCAUUCCGAACUUCCCCGGUAGAGAGCCUGUAUGCUAUUUGUUACCAACUACCUCUUUAUCUAAGACGAAAGAAGCUAUCUGCCCUUUAUCAUUUUCGAACAAAGUCUCUGUCAAAUCAUCCCAUUUCCCAAACAACUUUACCAGUUGGUCUUCGAAGACUCUAUGAUGCCCGAUCCUCUCACAUUCUCCCAUUUACUGAGAGGAUCAAAGCAAUUCUCCACGAUUUAGAUAUUAAUGAAGUUUCCAUAAAACCGCAUGAUUUCUUUUCCUUUCCACCCUGGGAUAUCCCAAAAUUUUCCUUUCUGAAUCCCUUCUCAGGAUUCGACAAAAAUUCAACUGCUCCAGUUGUUUUUCAACAGCUAUUUAACUAUCAUCGCUGUCGGUAUUCUUCAUUUACACCAAUAUUCACUGACGGUUCCAAAUCAGUUGAUCAUGUUGGUUGUGGCAUUGUUCUCCCAUCUGGUGUUCUGAGCUAUCGUAUACAUAAGUACUGUUCUGUAUUCACUGCUGAGCUAGUAGCCAUUUUUUAUGCUCUCCAGGAAAUUUCCUCCUUGGCUCAACGGAAUUUUAUUAUUUAUACCGAUAGCAUGAGUGCAUUAGAAACUCUUUCUCACUACCACAAUAAGAUGCACCCGAUUGCUAAUAGCAUUCUGUUUACUUUGAGUCAUUUGAAGAUCGCGGGUUUUAAUGUCAUUUUCAGCUGGGUGCCAAGUCAUGUUGGUAUCCCUGGGAAUGAGAUGGCGGAUUCUUUAGCUAAAUCUGCAUCCUCCUUCCUAAACCAAGAACUCCCAUACUGUGAUAUCAAGAGACUAUUGGCGUGUCGUGUUUUGAUUACUUGGCAAGAAACGUGGGAUUUAUUGACCCACAAUAAAUUGCACUCUGUCAUGCCGUCCAUUGCUAUGUGGCCACCUCUUCCUAUCCGUGAGGUAGAUGUCAAGCUAACACGCCUCCGUAUAGGACAUACGCGCUAUACUCACAAACAUCUGAUCUUUGGCGAAAGGGCAUCAAUGUGUCAGACGUGUCAUGUUGAUUUAAGUAUUAAGCAUGUUUUAAUUGAAUGUCCUGUCUACCAUCCCCAUCGUGUCAGCUUUUUCAAUACAUCAUCCGUAACUAACCGACUUGGUGGGUGA